AUGUUAACUCGCUCAUCCAGUCACUCCUGCCGCCCUCCUCCUUCUCCUCUUCCUUCUCUUGUUCCACCGUUUUGCCGUGACUGUGUGGACCCAUUUGUACAGAAGCAUUUUAUCAUUCUUUUCCAUCCGACACGUCAGAUAACGCCAAACGGUCUCAGCAGCCAAGCCGGCUUACAUGUUGGCGAUGUGGUUGUGGCCAUUUGCGAGGAGCCGACGCUGGGCAAGCUGUACGGCCAGCUGAAAGCGGAAAUUCUGCGAGCAGGCAACGAGCUUGAUCUGGUCGUUUUAAACAUCCAACGGAACUGGGCACGUGUGUGCAAGUAG